CAACAACUCAAUAAUGGAAACUUUUUACCUGAUCCUAUCUCUCUCCCUAUUCUUCCUCUCUCUUAAACUCUUGCUCGGAAAACGGCGGCGCAAACUAAACCUACCGCCUAGUCCAACUCGGCCAUUUCCAGUCAUUGGACAUUUUCACCUCCUAAAGCUGCCGCUACACCGUAGAUUUCUCUCUAUCUCUAAAUCACUAGACGGCGGCUCUAUUUUCUCUCUCCGCCUCGGCACUCGCCUCGUUCUUGUUGUGUCUUCUCACUCCGUCGCUGAGGAAUGCUUCACCAAGAACGACAUCGUUUUAGCUAACCGGCCAGAGUUUAUUGUCGGGAAACACAUCGGAUACAACUCAACCACUAUGGCUGGUGCGGCUUAUGGCGACAGUUGGCGGAAUCUCCGUCGAGUUGGUUCCAUUGAGAUCUUCUCUUCUCUUAGGCUCAAUAGCUUCUUAUCUAUCCGUCAAGACGAGAUCCAACGGCUGAUAUUCUCUCUAUCGAAACACUCUCAACGAGAGUUUGCAAAGGUGGAGCUGAGACCAUUGUUUAUGAGCUUGACUAUCAACAACAUCCUUAGGAUGGUCGCGGGAAAGCGAUUUUACGGCGAUAGAACAGAGAACGACGACGAGGCAAGACACGUUAGGCAGUUGAUUGCGGAGGUGGUUGUUAGUGGCGGCGCUGGAAACGCCGCGGACUAUUUCCCGAUCCUUCGUUGGAUAACGAACUAUGAGAAACAAGUGAAAGAGCUAGCGGGUCGGGUUGACGGGUUUUUGCAAAGUCUUGUGGAUGAGAAACGUGAGGAGAAAGAAAAGGGCAACAGCAUGAUUGAUCAUUUGCUUUCCCUCCAAGAAACUCAGCCUGGUUACUACACUGAUGUCAUCACCAAAGGAAUCAUUCUUGUAAUGAUACUUGCCGGGACUGAUACGUCAGCAGGAACGUUAGAAUGGGCGAUGUCGAACUUGUUGAACCAUCCAGAAGUAUUGAAAAAGGCAAAGACCGAAAUCGACGAGCAAAUCGGUUUAGACCGGUUAAUAGAGGAACAAGACAUUGUCAAACUUCCUUAUCUCCAGAACAUUAUGUCAGAGACUUUAAGGCUUUAUCCCGUUGCUCCAAUGCUCCUCCCUCACUUGGCAUCAGAAGAUUGCAUGGUGGCAGGGUACGAUGUCCCACGAGGCGCAAUUUUACUUGUGAACGUAUGGGCCAUUCAUAGAGACCCGGAUAUGUGGGAAGAGCCAGAAAAGUUUAAGCCAGAGAGGUUUGAGAAGGAAGGAGAGGAUAAGAAGUUGAUGUCAUUUGGGAUUGGACGAAGGGCUUGUCCUGGAUCAGGGCUAGCUCAGAGGCUUGUGACUUUGGCUCUCGGUUCGUUGGUGCAAUGUUUCGAAUGGGAGAGAGUGGGAGAAGGAUAUGUGGACAUGAAGGAAACUGAAAAGGGAACCAUCAUGCGUAAAGCUACACCGUUGGAAGCUAUGUGUAGAACUCGUCCCAUUGUCCAUAAGAUUUUAGAUGCUUCUUCUUGUACAUAAAUAUCAUCUUCAGAACCUUGUUAUACAUUAUAUCUUCAUUUGAACUAAUAUCCUCUGCUGAUAUUAUAAGAAUGUAAUAGAUUGACUUGGGA